UUAUCCUAUGGCAUUACUUACGCUAGCUUAAACUGACUCAUGUUAUCAAAUCUGUAUUAUCACUUGGAUAACAUUCAGCUCAAAAAAACAUCCUCUGCCUGACCAAUAAAAGGUCUUAUCUAUCCUCCACAUUUAUUUCAUUUCACCAUCUCCGCAGACACUGUUAACAAUCUGGUAUAGUCAGGCAGGUAUUGAUAUUAUUGUAUUGGUAUUGGUAUUAAAGUAAUUCCUGUCCAGAAAAAAUUGCUACCAAAACCUUAAUACUCAGCUAUUACUACACGGUAUUACAUGUCAAUACCACUUUGGUAGAGUCAUAAAUAUACGAAUAUCGCUUGGUAUUAUUGCAAUACUCGAUUUAUAAGAGUGUAUGCAUCAACAGAGCCAAAUUACGUACAUAUUUACAAUUUCAUAGUUUAGCAAAAUAAUACUAAUGGGGGAACCAGUUAAUAUAAUAAAAUACGCCAAAGUGCUCAUUGAAGAUAAGGAUUUUCUCAACAAUUGGGAACAAGUGAGCGACGCGUUAGGAAUACCGGCUCGGGACUUGUACUCCAUGAACAACAAAGUCAUCAAUUGCAACGCGACGAUGUACGAUGUUGCAAAAUGGAUGCUAGAAUCGUGGCUAGGUCGCAAAAGCGGCGAGAUCGCAACGGUGGAAAAUCUUAUUCAAAUUUUGGAGAGAGAAAAUCUUCCAAGUGCUGCAGAUCUUUUGAGGGACUUUUCGAAACGCAAUGAUGCAAACCAGGACCUGGACCAAGUCGAAAAUGAAGGAGAUCCAUAGAUUACUGAAUUGUAAUUGAAAUAAGUCUGAAUAAUUAAAAAAAUUAUUUUAUUGAA